AUGUUCUUCAAAGCCAACGUCCUUUGGAUUCAAAGUUUAGUUAACCGCUGGCGUGCAAACGAGUCUAAUGGUGCUGAGGUCAGAACUCAGCUGCAUGAUCCCGACUUGAGUGCAGAUAACAGCGAUGUUCCCAUCCCUCUUGCUGCAUCUUAUCAAGAACUGAACUGGGAACAAGUCAAGUUGAUCAGUAGUGGCCUCACGAAAGUCACAAUUCGUCAACUUAGCGACAAUCUACCGGACUCAUCAUCCGAACGAUCCACUUUUGAGGCUUAG